GUUGGAGCUUCUGUUUUGUUCCUCUGAGCCUUCUUUCUUAUAGCCUUGUGGACAUGUGGUAGUCCGGUAGAGCAAAACGUUGUCAUGUUGGACUCUUCUCUCCUUUUUCUCCCCUUUUCUGGGCCUGUGCCAUCAGCAACUGCAAUCGCACGGUCACACCAAACGCGCCCUCCAAGCUCGAGAGUUUCCCUGUUAUAGCCUCGUCAGGAGGAAAUAUAUACAGUACUUCCCAAUCGCUUAUCAGUGAUCACUGCUUGAGUUUUUCAGCGGCAGGAAUCGGACAUGGCUGCAAGGAGGGCUGCUUCCUCCGUCCUCUCUCGCUGCCUCCUCACAAGGCCUUCUGCUGCUUCUUCUUCCACCGGCAAAUUCGCUGUCCUCGGAACAGACCGAGCACAUGAAUUGUUGCCAGGGGCUCUUCGUCACAGGUUCAGCACUGCACCGGCAGCCACCGCCACCGCCGCCGCCGCCGACGAGCCAAUCCAACCCCCGGUGGAGGUCAAGUAUACCCAGCUCCUCAUCAAUGGCAACUUCGUCGAUGCUGCUUCCGGGAAGACGUUCCCGACGGUGGACCCCCGCACCGGCGAGGUCAUCGCUCGCGCUGCCGAGGGCGACGCGGAGGACAUCGACCGCGCCGUAGCCGCCGCCCGCAGGGCCUUCGACGAGGGCCCGUGGCCGAGGAUGACUGCCUACGAGCGGUGCAGGGUGCUGCUGCGGUUCGCGGACCUGAUCGAGCGGCACGCGGACGAGAUCGCGGCGCUCGAAACGUGGGACAGCGGGAAGCCGCUGGCGCAGACGGCGGGGGUCGAGGUGCCGAUGGUGGCGCGCUGCAUGCGGUACUACGCCGGGUGGGCGGACAAGAUCCAUGGCCUGGUGGUGCCUGCCGACGGCGCGCACCACGUGCAGGUGCUGCACGAGCCCAUCGGCGUGGCCGGGCAGAUCAUCCCCUGGAAUUUCCCUCUGCUCAUGUUCGCCUGGAAGGUCGGCCCGGCGCUCGCCUGCGGCAAUGCCAUCGUCCUCAAGACCGCCGAGCUGACUCCGCUCUCCGCGCUCUACGUCGCCAGCCUCCUCCACGAGGCUGGACUCCCCGAGGGUGUUCUGAACGUAGUGUCCGGCUUCGGUCCGACGGCCGGCGCCGCGCUCUGUAGCCACUUGGGUGUCGACAAGCUUGCGUUCACCGGAUCGACGGGCACUGGCAAGAUCGUCCUUGAACUGGCCGCGAGGAGCAACCUCAAGCCGGUGACGCUGGAGCUUGGUGGCAAGUCCCCUUUCAUCGUCUUGGACGACGCCGACGUCGACCAGGCCGUCGAGCUCGCGCACCAGGCGCUCUUCUUCAACCAGGGCCAAUGCUGCUGCGCCGGCUCCCGCACGUUCGUGCACGAGCGUGUGUACGACGAGUUCGUGGAGAAGUCCAAGGCUCGCGCCCUGAAGCGCGUGGUCGGCGAUCCCUUCAGGAAAGGCGUCGAACAAGGGCCUCAGAUCGACAGCGAACAAUUCAAGAAAAUCUUGGGGUACGUCCAAUCCGGCGUCGACAGUGGUGCCACCCUCGUCACCGGCGGCGACAGGGCUGGCAACCGGGGCUUCUAUAUCCAGCCGACGGUGUUUGCCGACGCCCAGGACGACAUGAAGAUCGCCCAGGAGGAGAUAUUCGGGCCGGUCCAGACCAUCCUCAAGUUCAGCGGCGUGGAGGAGGUGAUCCGGCGUGCGAACGCGACGCCGUACGGGCUGGCGGCGGGGGUGUUCACGAGGAGCCUUGACGCGGCGAACACGGUGGCGCGGGCCCUGAGGGUGGGCACGGUGUGGGUGAACUGCUACGACGUGUUCGACGUGGGCAUCCCGUUCGGCGGGUUCAAGAUGAGCGGCGUGGGCCGGGAGAAGGGCGCCUACGCCCUCCGCAACUACCUCCAGACCAAGGCCGUCGUCACGCCCAUCAGGGACGCCGCGUGGCUGUAAAAGAGGUCACCCUUCUCGGCGCAGGGCGGAUCCUCGCCGGCGAUCUCAUGCCUCUGCAGAAGGUCAAAGGCGACAGCAGAAUAAUAAGCCUUGCCUGCACUCGUAUCCCGUGUUCGCGUCUCUUCUUUUGCCAGGCCGAGCUCCUUUGAGCCCAGCACGAAGUCGCGUGACUUAUCUUAUCCGGCUGGGCCUUGUGAGGAAGUGUUUGAAGCCCACCUAUAGCAAGUAAUUGGGCUCGAGUAUCAGUGAAACUUCCUUUUCUUUUUAACCAUGUUUUGCCAUUCCUCUAAAAAAAGAAUCAUGGUUUUGCCAUCUAUA